GCAGCAGCAUCAUGUGAUGGUCUCUGUGGUGGUUCAGUGUCUCUCUGCAGACCGAGCCGACAGCGCCCCCCGGUGGAGAGAAGAUGGAGCUGCACCCAGAGGAGCUAUUACGUCUCAGUGAUGUGUCAGAGGGAGUCAGGGCGAGUCUUGACUGCAGACAUCGUCGAGUAGCAACCAGGAUGCGCAUCAAUACGCCUUUCUCUAAACGGUUCAUCAUUGACAAACGUGUGACCGCUCAGAUCAACACACAAAGGAAACCAGCGUGGACAUAAAGACACAAGGAGCUGGCGUGACAGACUGGAGUUUGGAUUUGGAGUCUGCUCGACAUCGCUCCGCUCUUCAGCCCCUUUUAUUCUAAAACUCAUCCUCAGCCCCGACGUGAAGCCACCAUGUCCGGGAAGGAGCGCAGCCCCCGCCAUCGGCCGUGGUCGGUCUACCGGGCCAACACGUUUGAUCUCUCAGCUGAGAUGAUGGGGCUGGCUCUCUCGGGCAACAGUCAGGAUCCAGACGAGCCUGUGCUGGAGUUUAGUGUGGCCUGCAGCGAGCUGGUCACUCCCUCUCUGGACCGUAAGCCGACCAGCUUCGUCGCCGUCAGCUGCACCACUCCGCCCCAGGCCUUCUGGACCAAGCACGCUCAAACUGAAAUCAUAGAGGGCACCAGUAACCCCAUCUUCCUGAGCAGCGUGGCGUUCUUUCAGGACUCUCAGGUCAAUCAGCAGACUCAGGUCAAGCUCUCUGUCUACGAUGUAAAGGACCGCACACAGGGAACGAUGUACAUGCUCGGUUCGUCCAUGUUUUCUGUGAAAGAGCUGCUGCAGGACAAACACCACAGACUGCACCUGACUCUCAGGUCGGCGGAGAACGAGCGCGUGGGAAACAUCACCGUCAUCGCCUGGCAGAUAGAGGAGAAGCGUGAGCAGAGAGCUCCUGUUGCAAGAUUACAGAGAGGAGACACGGUUAAUGGGAGGAUGGUUCUCCCUGUUGAUGAAAGCCUGACUGAAUCCAUGGGCAUUAAAUCCAAGUCUUCAUCUCUGUGUAAAGACCCGCUGCUAAAGGCUGCGUUCGGGGGUGUCAUGUCACGAACGUACCGGCUCCCCACCACGGACGGCAACCACCUUCGGAUCCUGGAGCAGAUGGCGGAGAGCGCGCUCUCCCUGCAUAUUCCACGACAGUUUGUCAAGCUGCUGCUGGAGGAAGACGCCGUCAGGGUGUGUGAGCUGGAGGAACUGGGCGAGCUGUCUGCAUGCUGGGAGAACCUCAGGAGGCAGAUCAUCACUCAGUAUCAGACCAUCAUCCUCACCUACCAGGAGACCAUAAGUGACUUGCACGAAUACAAAGGUCCUUCAUUUAAGUCUAGUACCUUGAAAGCUGAGAAGAAGUUGGAGUUUAUUCCUACUAACCUGCACAUCCAGAGGAUGAGAGUACAGGGAGAGUCUGGCUAUGACCGGACAUACGAUGUUGUGACUAUUGGUGCACCAGCAGCCCAUCAUCAAGGCUUUAAAGGCUGCGGCCUCCGGAAACUGCUGCACAAACUUGAAGAAGCCAGGAAACAGAUUUAUGUGGAGGAAAGCUCUGCUGGUUCUGGCUCUAAACGAAUGGCGUACCAGCCUCAGGAUGUCGUGAAAGCGAAGGAGCUGAUUGGCCAAAUAAACACUCUGAAGACACAAGUGUGUUACUACGCUGAACGUCUGUCUCGAGCCGCCAAGGAGCGCUCAGCCAACGCUCUGGAGAGAACCCUCGCCAUCCUGUCAGAGAAGACUCGUCAGUUGGUGACCGUGUGCGAUUCCAAGCUGCUGGCCUCAGCCAUCCUCGCCCUGGCGGCCGCCCGCCCAGAGUCCACUCUGCAAAGCACCCCGUCCCCGUCCUCCUCUUCCCUUUCACCCUCCUCUCGUUCCCCGUCGCGCUCCCCCUCCCGCCACCCGACCUCCCCGUCUCGUGCUGCCAUCUCGCCUUCUCGCCACGCGGCUCAUCCGGAGGGCAGCGAAGGGAGUAAAAACAAGCGUGCCUCCUUGCAGGCAGAUGUGCAAGAGGAGGAGUGGGAGAAGGUUUGGCUAAAUGUUGAUAAGAGCCUGGAGUGUGUGAUCCAGAGGGUGGACCGGCUGCUGCAGCGAGACAAAAUCCAGAGCGACAGCAGCUCGGAGGAUGUCUUCCUUCUGGCCAGCGAGGAGCCGGGUAGCACUAAGAAAGAAGUCAGCCCAGAGGUAGAAAAGAAGUCCCCAGGUGAGUGGAGCGACGCCCUGUACCCUCUCCUCACCACGCUGACAGAUUGUGCGUCUCUGAUGAGUGACAAAGCCAAGAAGGCCAUGGUGUUUCUGCUGAUGCAGGACAGCGCCCCCACCAUCGCCAUGAGCCUCACCCUACAGUACCGCCGUGACGUCGUCUUCUGUCAGACGCUGACGGCGCUGAUCUGCGGUUUCGUUAUCAAGCUGAGGACCUCUCUCUGUGACUCAGGCUUCCUCAAGCAGCUGCCCACCAUCGGCUUACUGGUGCAGUACGAGGGCCUGCUCAGCACUUAUGGUGAGGAGCUGGCCAUGUUGGAGGAUAUGAGCGUCGGAGUGAUGGACCUGAGAAAUGUCACCUUUAAAGUUACCCAGGCGUCUUCGGGCUUCGCCCCAGACAUGCUGCCGGUGAUCACGGGAAACAGGAACGGCUUCAACGUCAGGGUCCCAAUGCCCGGGGCGAUGUUCGACACGCUGCCGCGGGAGAUCCAGAACGGGAUGCUGCUGCGCGUGCAGCCCGUCCUGUUCAACGUGGGGAUCAACGAGCAGCAGACAAUGGCUGAGAGGUUCGGAGACACGUCACUACAAGAGGUGAUCAACAUGGAGAGCAUGACUCGCCUCAGCUCGUACUACGACCAGUUUAAAGAGGUCCUGCCAGAAGACUGCCUGCCUCGCUCCCGCAGCACCACCGGUGUGCCCGAGCUGCUUAAACAGCUGAGCCAAAACGUGAACUCCAAGAAGAGCAAGAACGUGGAGAUUUUGUGGCAAGCAGCCGAGGCGUGUCGCCGCCUGAACGGAGUGCGCUUCACCAGCUGUAAGAGCGCCAAGGACCGCACAGCCAUGUCCCUUACCCUGGAGCAGUGUCAGAUCCUGCAGCAGGAGCACGCCCUCGCACCACAGGUCUUCUACCAGGCCUUGGACUGUAUGCGCAGUGAGGGCUGCAGAAGAGAGAACACCAUGAAGAAUGUGGGAUGUCGUAAAUACGCCUUUAACUCUCUCCAGCUCAAGGCCUUCCCCAAACAGUAUCGCCCUCCGGAGGGCACGUACGGGAAAGUCGAGACCUAAGUGGACUCUUCUAACUGGAGGAAAACCAAAAGACUGAAGGGGAUAAUGAUGAUAGCACCACACAAACAAAAAACCAAACACAAACUGGAACAACAGCCCUUUGUUUCGUGCUUAGUCACUGUUAAGAUGAUUAAUGUCCAAGUGCCAGUGCUACUGUAGAUUGUUUUAUAGCGGUUUCCCCCUCUCCUCCAGUAGUACUAGAAUAAUCACACACUUUUCACGGCCACUUCACAGCCAGUAAACGUGGCUUUCUGUGUUACAUCGUAGCCCGUGUGCAGACAACACCGUUGGCUGCCGUACCAGUCGUAGCAUCAGGAAGCUGAGUCAUUUUAACUCCUGUUCCUAGAAAUAAGAUGUGCAAAAUGUCUCAGCCUGUAGAAAGACGAUGUGGGGCACAUGUUUGUCCUUGCUGCUUUCAUUUGAUUUGUAUCGGUUUGUGUUUUAAAGGAUAAGGCUGUAGAUAUUCUACAUUUUUGUUAAGACCAAAACCAACAAUGAGUUGAUCUUACUGAUAAGGACUGGCUACUGAUGCAGCUUGUUCCUGUGUGCCAUAGAGCUCCAUUGUUGUUUAAAACUAUUGAAUACACACUGAGCCUCACUGUCAUUCAUUAUCCUUCAUUGUGGUGAACAUGGACACUGUCGUUUAUUCUGAGUAAAUCCUGCAAACACUAUCCUGCUGCGGUUAAACUCACUAGCUCACCAAAUGUGUAUUAAUGCACCCCUGAAAAUAGUCCCCAACAAAUGCACUAUUUACUCCUGCUUGAGUCACAUUUGUUAUAAACUAUAAUGCCCAGCUGUUUUACGGAAUUACUGACUUAAAAAAUAAUAAAAUGGGCCACAGACGGGAUAAGGAAGUAGUAGGAAAAGCAUUGACAAACAAGCUAAUGCAUUGUUGGUUUUUGGUCUUUUAAUGGGAUUUAUUGAUAAUAAGAAAAAUAAAAAUAAUACCAGCCUUGUCCUUUAAAGCCACGCUAGGCAAAAGGUUAAUAAAGGAUUAAUUUCCAUUUCCUAAAACACAAAGUAAAGCUGCAUUGAGAGUCCACAGAUCUGAUCUUAUUUGUCAAGACAAGAAGUGACAAAUUUAAGCUAAUGAUAACAGCAGCAAGCCGGCGUGUGAUUGGUGAUUACAAAAUGUAAUAUAUUUCUGGAAAAUACGUUUUUAAGGAAAUGACGACAUGUAUCUUGCUGCCAUUUGGAGCUGCCUACAUGUGAAGUUGCCUAGUGUAGCUUUGAUUAGACGAUGAGAUUUGUCAAAACAGAUCGAUCUUUGCAUGUUAACAUAUUCUCUGGACCUAAAGCAUUUACUUUGUUUAUUUCAGUGCUUUUAGUCCGUUGUCUGUUUCCCUCCCACUGUCUCUCCUUCUCACAUUUCUUCUUCAACCACAUAAAUAUUCAGCACCGUAACACUCUCUACAACAAGCACAGCUCUUCUUUAGAAAGUUCAUAUCUGACACCACUUUCUGACAUUUGUAUUAUUACAAUAAUGUCUAAGCUAAUGUGAUUUCUGAGGGUCUUCUGAUGCUACAUUGGAAGCAUGGUUCACUGGUUCACAAAUCGUGGGCAUCGGAUUAUUCUAUAAACAUAUCUACAGAUAUUUAAGACAUUUCUGAAGGUUAUAUGCAGCACUGUUAUCUGGUUUGAUUGCCCUUGAAUUAUGCAGAACUUUGUGAUCAAAAUUGGAUUGCAAAUUUGUUAAUUUAACCUGCAUGAAGAUUAAAAAACCUACUGCUUUAUACUAUUGUAAUUGUAUACCGUUACGAUUAAGAGUACCCACGAGCACUUGAUAGAUGUUUUCAGACUGAAGUGAAAUAAUGCAUAUUGCAUUUUUCUACCGACCAUCAACGACACUUCUUCUGUUGUCAGUUUACCAGCUCCGUUGUACCUUAUUGUACAAAACUUACAGAGACAGUGGAUUUUAUUUUGAAAAUGUUAUUUUGCUUACAGGUAUUUUUUGUUGAUAUGGCUGUUGUUGCCAAAUGCUGUUCUAGUUUUAUCCAUUGUUAUUGAGUAAGUUAGGACCUUGUUCUGAUCGGUUGUACGUGCACACAGGUUAGACAGGGCAGUUUGGGAGACGCCUGCACCCCCACAGAGGUAUGAAGUGAAACUGGAUGAUGAAUAAAGGCUUGUCAAUGCCAAACGAGUGUGUCAGUAAAUUAAAUGAGACAUUAUUGUUUGUGAAUAUUUCGUCCUCUCAAAUUUGUCUCAAAGAGAGGCAUCUUCAAAAAGUACUUCCACAGCUGCAUUUUUAUUAUUCUGUCAGUAUCAUUAUCUCCAUUUUUAUUUUUCUCUGUCUGCCCCGGGUCCUAGACCUUUAGUUCUACCCAAACCUCCAGAUGUGUGUUAGGUUUGUGGAAGCUUGGAUAACUACAAAAAUAUUUCGGAAUAUGCACAACACCUGGACCCUGAAACUGAAGCAAUUCAGCCAUCAUUAAUUUGAUUGUUUACAUCUGUGCAUUUCCUAUUGUGACAUGUCAAAAUGUCUCCUGUGAACAAUCAUCAUGUAAAAUAAUUAAAAUCACCUGUGUGUGUUUAGCAUGAA